AAAGAAGCGGUCCCUUGUAUGAUCUAAGAGCGGUCCAAUUUCAAUGCAAAAUGCAAAAUAGAGAAUGUUGGUGUUUGAAAAUGUGGAAAACUUAUGGAAAACUAAUUAUUAUCCUGUUUUCUUUAACAUAAACUAGCCUUCGAAUUUCAGAAUGGAGCAAGCAAGAUCUUCCGGAAAUGAGGGACAAUCUUCCUUCAUUUUGAACAAGAAACCUAUUCCUGAAGUUACGUUGAUUGUUCAUGAACAGUCUCUGGAUAAGAGCGUUCUCGUGAGAAUAGUACAGGAAUGUCACACACCAUAUUUUUACCACAAGUUUAUUAUUGGGAACAUUGGCAAUUAUUCAAAGAAGUAUAUACUGAAAACAAUUUCAAAUUUUGUGUAUCCUGCCUCAUUUCGAGCUCUGCACUUCACCAUUUCCAAAAAUAAAGCUGUAUUUUUAUCUAGAAACUGUCAGGAACUUCUCCUCAAAAUAUGCAGUGAAAAGUUUAGGAUUGCUAAUCCAGAGUGCCCUGAGACACCAUUCAAGGUUAUAAUCCUAGCAAAUUUCAUAUUAUAUGAAGAAGUUGAAGUAGAGGAUAAUUCACAGAGUAUUAUAGAUGCAAUAACAAAACGAUUUAAUAGUGAAACAGAAACCAUGGAUCUCAAUGAAUUCAGUGAGGAUGAAGAUCUGAUAGACUAUUAUCCACUAUUUCAAAUCAAAAUUUUGUUGGCAGUCACAUCCAAGGUAGCUGAAUUUCUUCCCAAACAUUUGAAUUUACAGAAAAAUUGUAUCAGAGAUAUUUCUAAUCUACAUCCUUUGAAAGAUUUCAUUGAAUCAAUUGAUCUAUGUAAUAAUAUGAUAGAGGACAUUUCUGCCCUAAUGCCUUUGAUAAACUUCAAAACAUUGAAACAUUUGAGUUUAAGUGGAAAUCCGUUUUGUGAAAAAUAUUAUAAUUACAAUUAUGUAUUGGAUGUGAAAAGGUAUUGCCAAAGUCUAGAGAAAUUGGAUGGAUUUGAUAUAACAACCCCAGUGUUCCAAAAAAACCUUUUUUGCUCAGAUGAUGCAAUGGAUCUAGCAAAAAACUUCUUGGAGCACUAUUUCACAAUAUAUGAUUCUGGGAACAGACAAAAUCUGAUAGAUAUUUAUGCCAAAGAUGCCUUGUUUUCUGUAACAGCUAAAAUUGUACCCAAUCAAAGAAAUUCGUCAUCUACAAAGUUAGAGCAUUAUGGGCUAAGAAUACCAUUCACGAUAUAUGGGGCAACAGAAAUAGUAAAACUCUUCAAAACGUUUCCGAAGACUUACCACGAUCCGUACCCGUCUGUGUGCGAUGUAACACUUUUGACGGACACUCACGCUUCGUUGGUCGUCGGCGGCAUCUUCAAAGAAUUACAACAACUGCUGUCUUUCACCAGACACUUCAUUUUCAAACGUUCCGGCAACACGUUCCACAUCAUAAACGAACAGUUGCAUGUGAGUAACGCACUAGAUUUCCAAACAGGCUGGAGUUUCGGUUUUCCUAUGCAUCUGGCAUAUAGCGGGAACCCUUUGCCGUAUUUCCAGGAACAGUAUAGGCAGCUGGAAGAGACCGUUCAUGAGAUAACCACGAUGAAUUACGAGUAUUCGCAGAAAUAUCUGGAUUACUGCCAGUAUGACCUGAAGAAAACUCUGGAUCUCUUUUCGACGUUACACGUACGCGGUGACGUUCCUGAAAAUGCUUUCACACCAGAAAGUGCUGCGUCCAAACAACUCCAAAAAUCAGUCCCACCCUACCCAGAGAGAAUCAGGAAGAUGGCCUACAAGAAGCACAAGAGCAUCAACCUCAAGACUAUCUGGGAGAUCCUCCAAAGUGAGAGAACUCGAGAUGCAUCUGACAGUCCACCUACAACUGACCCUACCAUCCAGAAGAUAUAUCGAAACGUCAUCAUCCCCACCAUUGGCGAUGGCUUCAGUGCGCCUACCAAAUCUCUUCUACCCCUACAAGCUCCCAUUGAAGACAAAAAUAUCUCGCAGAAAGCCCCUAUCAAGCCGAUCUCCUUCAACAUUCCCGCUGUCGCCAAUCCCGCAAAGAUCAAACCAACCCAGAUGGUCAAGCCUGCAACCAAAGCCAAUGUGGAUCCCUUGGUUGAGCUAGCAGAAAAGAUGGCCAAGUACAAGGAAAUAGCAGCGAAAAAAGCAGCCGAGCUCAGCAAGAUUCCACUUCCCAGCAGUGGCCCAAGUCGGGUCAAUCAGACGGCGGCUUCUGUUCCUUCCAUGGUGCCCCCACCUCCAAGCAUCGUACCAGCUACAGCCCAGCUCAGCCAGAUCCCAGGUGCUGCUAUCCAUAGCAACCUUUUGAAUCCAGUCCCAGCUCCUCUUUUCACCCCAGCUACAACGAUGGAACAGCAUUUGGUGCCAAGCCAUAGAUUGCCACCUCCUUUGAUGCCUGCACAGUACCAGAUGCACUCGAACUUCCCCAUGCAGUAUCAGGUUCCUAUGCAGCAUCAGCUUCCUGUGCCCUAUAAUCCGAAUACACAUGUCCUGGUGCCGCAAGAUUCGGUUCAAGGUCGCCCCAAUUUGCAGAGCGUGCCCAGAGCUGUUUUCCCAAUAUCAGGGAAUGUGCAGCCCAACUACCAGAACGCUUUUCAAACUCCAAACCCCACAAUGGUGCCCAAUGUUCCGAGGCCAAGUGGACUUCCCAUGGUGCCUAAUCUAGGUGGCAUGGUUCCGCAGCCUGGGUUCCCUGUUCCAAGGUUUCCGGUGGUGCAAAGUCCAGUUGUCCCACAGCUGAAUCAGCCGAGGGUUUCGGUUCCAACUGCGUUUUCGAUGGUGCCAAGUCCAGUUGUUUCGCGGCCGAGGGUUACGGUUCCAAGGCCUACGCUGUUGCUUGAUCAGACUCUCGUCACGAAGCCAGUUUCAUCGUCUCAAGUUGCGUCGAAUGUGCAGCCGUCAGGUAUACCAGGACACAUUGAAAUCGGAGAGAAAAAUAAGACUGAUAAGGAAUCUGGUAGAUAUUUGACAGGAAAAUUGGAAAGUCGAUGGGAAGAAGGCAGACGUUUCAGUCGAAGCAAAAGUCGUAGCCGCUCACGUAGUAGAAACAGGCGUAGCCGAUCACGUGACCGAUAUAGACGUAGUAGAUCACACAGCAGAAAUAGACGUAGCCGCUCACGAAGCAAAGACAGGUCAAAGCGCAGCAAUUCUCUUAGCAGAGAUAGGACCAAGCGCAGCAAUUCUCGCAACAGGUUCAGACGUAGCCGCUCGCGUAGCAAAGACAGGUCAAAGCGCAGCAAUUCUCGUAGCAGAGAUAGGUCGAAGCGUAGCAAUUCUCGCAGCAGAAACAGACGUAGUCGCUCACGUAGCAAAGACAGGUCAAAGCGCGGCAAUUCUUGUAGCAGAGAUAGGUCGAAGCGCAGCAAUUCUCGCAACAGGAACAGACGUAGCCGUUCACGUAGCAAAAAGCGCAGCAAUUCUCGUAGCAGAGACACUUCGAAGCGUAGCAGUUCUCUCAGCAGAAACAGACGUAGCCGCUCGCGUAGCAAAGACAGGUCCAAGCGCGGCAAUUCUUGUAGCAAAGAUAGGCGAAAGCGCAGCAACUCUCGUGGCAGGAACGUGUCUAAACGUAGUCGUUCUCGUAGCAGAGAUAGGUCAAAACGUAGCCGUUCUCGUAGCAUUGACAAGUCGAGGCGUAGCAGGUCUCGUAGCAGGAAUGCUAAAUCUAGAAGGAAUGAUAGCAAAGCGGCUACAAUUAUAAGUCCUGCUGAACCUGAGAAUGCGAAUGAAGUCUCUGGAGUUAAGAGUAAGGUGACGACGGUUGGUAGUACACCAAGAAAUCGUUCACAGGAUGCAAAAAGAAAGAGUCCUGGGUCUGAGAAAAGGAAUGAAAGCACUGUUAGCAGUAAGAUCGUGGUGACUUCCAAUAUUAGUUCUCCAAGAGUGACCAUUGCUUCCAAAAUUGCGAAAAUUAAAGAAGUUCUAGGCAAAAUAUCCGACAUUCAAGAAACUAGGCAAGAACAAGCAGCUAAUGAAGCUGCUAGCAAGAAGAAUACAGGAAAAGUAAUAGUGGAUAAUAAGAAUAAAAAAGGAGGUGCAAAAAUGACUAAAGAUUCAAAUCAAGGUUUCAAAUCUAAGUGGGAUAAGGGACCUCAACCUGAAACGACAGGAUCUGGGUCACUUAUAAUUGAAAGAUCAGCUUCAGGCGCAGUUGUGAAAAUAUCAACGGCGAAAAAUGCUCCAGGUAGUGGUCCGCCAGUAUCUUUCAAUAGUGGGACUCCUGAUACAGUAGAUACUGGUGACGAUGAAACAGCAAUGUUAGCUCUUGCUCUGUUGGAGCGAAAACGUCAAUUGGAUUUUGAAAUUCAACGGGGAUUCGAGAAGAUAAAGGAACUCGAGAAACUACGUAGCUCUACUAAUCCAAAAGAUACUUCAAAGGAUGAUAUCGCUAAUGAAGUCUGUUCUACCAAGGAAGAUGCUUCUGUUCAAGAAAAAGUGACUGCUGAAGAAAACACUCCAAUAAAAUCAGUUGACGAGAAUUCCGAUGAAAUAACUGUCAAAGAUAUUGAAAGGCCUGAAGAAUCUCCUGCUAACAAAGGAGAAGUUGAUGUUGUUCCACCUUCUGAUAAUUCUAAUAAAAUAGAAGAUUGUGUAUCUGCAAAAUCUGAAGGAACUUCCGAUGUUGGUGAAAAAUUAGAUCAAGGAAAAAGUUCUGUUGACAAUUCAAAUCGAUCUAAUGAUGAAUCUAAUGAAAAAGGAAAUGACAUUGCUCCUAAGACGGCGAUAGGAGAAACUAAUGUGAACAUAGAAAAAAUCGGGGUAACUGUAAAAGACUCUACCAAACACAUAAUUGAAGCAGAUGUGAUUAAGCCACCGAAUCAAGAUGAGCUCAAACCGACAGAAAUUCUACUUGUAGAAACGGAAUUGAAACUUGACAGUAUUCCUGUAGAAAAUACAUCUGAAAAAGAGAUAAAGUCACCAAAUGAAAGUGUUGCAAAAAUCAAACCUAUGGAAAAAGAAUCAGUGAAACAUGAAGACAGUUUAAUGAAGCCAACCAAUCAAAAUGAAUCCAAACCUCUAGAUGUUCUUAUGACAAAAACUCAUUUAGUUGAUAAUUCAGAUGCAGAGACUUGUUCUAGCAUUUUGACGCCAAAAUCUGAAGAUGUUCCUAAGGUUGAAGGAAAAAUAAUGCUAGGAAAACCACAUUCUGAUGAAUCUAAUGCAAAGUCAGGAGAUAUAUCAUCUAAGAGGGUAGUAGAAGAGACUAAUAUAGUCACUGAGAAAAAAUCCAUGGUACAAUUAGAUAAGCAUAAACUGUCAGAAAUGUCGAUUAUUAAAGAAGAGUUGAAGCUAGAGAAUGUUUCUGUCAAAAGUACAUGUGAAAAUUUGUUACAGUCAACUGACAAUGUGACUUUGAAGUCUGAAACAAUCGAACUCACUGAAAAAGAAUCUAUAAAGCAUGAGCAAAAAGUGAUGAAGCCAACAAAUCAAAAUGAGUCUCUCAAAGUUCCUAUAAUAAAAACAGAUUUGGCUGACAAUUCCAAUGCAGAGACUAGUUCCACAUUCCUGAAACCAAAAUCUGAUGGAAUUCCCAAAGUUGAUGAAAAAUCAAUGAUAAAAAUACCAAAUUCUGAUGAUUCUACUGAAAAAGAAUCCACUGAACUUGAAAUUUCGAUACCUUCAACCAACAAACGUGUGAAACUUGAAAAAUUACAAAAAACUGAAGAAGUUAAACAUGAAGAAAAUUGGGUUAAGCCAACCAAUCAACCUGAAACAAUGACAGUUUCAGCUGACAAUCCUAAUACAGAGACUAGUAAUAUCAUGGUAGAGAUUCCUAAAUCUAAAGAUGAGUUACCUGAAAAGGAAAAAAAUGCAUCUACUGAAACUACAGUUGAAGAGACUAACGCAAACAGAAAAAUCGAUGGCUCACGAAAUGAAUGCAUCAAACAAGACGUUGUUGUUACAGUCACACCAACUGAUAUAGAAAAGUCUCAAUCCAAUAAUAUUGUAGAGAUUCCGGAACUUAAUGAAAUUUCUAAGGAUACAGAAGUUGAUACAAAAAUAAUGGCAGAAAAUAUUCCAGUGGGAAAUAAGCCACCAAAUACAAAGGAGCUUAUUUCAUCAACAGACAAAGAUGAACAUGGCAAAACAGAUUCUAAAAAAGUAACAAUAUCUAUAGAAAACAAGCCCACUGAAGAGGAAACUACAACAAAGACAAAGAUUCAAGAGAGUGAUCAGCAGAAAGUUCCUGUAGAAGCACCAGGCAUUAAAGAAAUUGAUAGCAAAAAUGCUCUUUCUGUAUCUGAGAAAGUCACAGACUCAUCUGAAACUACUCCCGAUGAAGUUUCAAUUGAAGAACAUAAUGUAGUUACAUCUUCCAUUGGACAAAGUAGUAUUGAAGUUGUUCAAACUUCAGAAAUUAGAGAAGAUCAAGGGCAGAAAACUGACGACCCAAUCAAAGUUACUACAAAAAGCACUGGGAAAGAGGAAACAUCCAUUGAAGAUACUCCAAGUAUUACAAAAAGUCAUGAUGGUGUUGAUAAUACAGAUGAAAGCAGUAAAACAGUGAAUACUUCAAAAAGUCAUGGUCCAGUAGCGAUCAUAAUGGACAAAACAGAAAACCUCGAAACUCCAAGUAGAGAAAAUAUUGCCACAGUAACCGAUACUGAUGAAUUUCCAAAGGAAAAUAUAUCUCUUGAAUCGAUUAAAUCAGCCGAUGUGGAUAAACCUGAUAUGGAAGAUGAUUUAUUCAGAUGUCCAAAACAAGCGAUUGAAGCGAAUAUUAUUCCAAAACCAACAGAUACUGAUGAAAUAAUUCGAGAAACGACAUCAGAAGUUCAACCAUGUGAUAAUAACGAAGACAAUGUAACUGAAAAUAUUCUGGCCCAAGUCUCAAAUGAAGAAGAUAAGAAGACAGAAGAUAUGAAAGAAGAAAAGUCAUUGGAUAAGGAAGCAACCAAAGAUCAAUUAGGUGAAGUAGUAACAAGUAGAAGUAGCAGAAAGAAAUCUGCUGAUGAAUCAACUUAUGCAUUCAGAUGUCCAAACCAAGCGAUUGAAGCGAAUAUUACUCCAAAACCAACAGAUACUGAUGAAAUAAUUCGAGAAACGACAUCAGAAGUUCAACCAUGUGAUAAUGACGAAGACAAUGUAACUGAAAAUAGUCUCGCCCAAUCCUCAAAUGAAGAAGACAAGAAGACAGAAGAUAUGAAAGAUGAAAAGUCAUUGGAUGAGGAAGCAACCAAAGAUCAAUUAGAUGAAGUAGUAACAAGUAGAAGUAGCAGAAAGAAAUCUGCUGAUGAAUCAACUUAUGCUAUUGAAAAAAUUGUACAGUUGGCUGGAAUAUCUAAUCCAGAACCAAUUUUAGCUGCAGCUAUGGACAUACCCAUUACUAAUGACGUUGAGAUAGACGAUACUACAAAAGUUAUUGAGAAAAUCACUGAAACCAGUACCAAUACUGUAAAUGAACAGUUAAUGGAUAAUUUAAAUUCAUCAAGUAAGAUAAACAAGAAAAUUGUUGAUGAAACUACUAAUGAGAGUAAAAAAAUGCCCGAUGAAAGACAACAUGUUGAUUCUACUGAAUUGAAAACUACCACUUCAGAUACAUCUGCAGAAGAUAUGGAGCAAGACAGUGAAAGUAAAAAACUUGCAGCUGAUUACAGUAAAAAAUUGAUUGUGCUCUUGAAAAAUGUAGCAAGUGAUCCUAGAACAGCCGAAAAAAGAAUACCUCAUGAAACAUUAGGAACAAAAGAAGCCCAGGUCCACCAACCCAAGCCACCAACCAGUAUUCAAAAAUCUCUUGAGGAAAAUAAUGAUUCAGACAAUGAGAAAGCAUUCAUAAAUAAAAAUGAACCAGCACAAUUUCAAGAGAGCAGUGAAGAACCUAUCUUCAUACCUAAAAAAAUACCAUUAGUCCUAGUUGACAGUUCUGAUGAAGAAUCAAAUAAAACUGAUGAGGAAGUUGAAGAGGAAGAAACAUUUCCAAUAACUGAAGGUUUAACUGUCAUUGACGAAAUUCAGUCAAAUGACAAUGAUGAAAAUGUUACCACCACCAGAGAAGUUGUCAAGACAAUAAGGAUAGACAGUCCCAUUCUCUUGACUAUUAGCUCAGAUGAAGAGGAUAAUACUAGUCAGGACAAAAUAAUUUUCAUUGAUGAAGAUUCAGAUCAAGAAAUUGAAUAUGUUGGUCUCAAAGAUAUUUUAUAGAUUUUGAAGAUUAGGAAAUCAAAAUUAAGAAUUGUAGAAUACUUGUUAAGUUGUUUCAUGUUUUUUUUUUAUUUCUUGAAAAGUGUGAAUGAAACUGGACCUAUUUGUAAGAGUUAUAGAGCACUUUGAGUUAUAUAUUAAAACUAUUACUUUAUUU